GUAGAGCCAAUUGAACUCUAGGACAGCCCAUCAUCACUAGAAUCCUCGAUCACCAAACACUAUCAUCAAAACUUUUUUCCCCUCUCUCUACACUACACAUGUCCCUAAACUUUUCUAUCUCAACCCAAAAACUCUUGUAUCCUACUACUUUUUCUUUUCUCUCUAUUUUUUGUCUGUCUUGUCGACGCUCCACAUUUUCUACCAAACAGCAAAGUUGACCACAACUUUCCGGGAAAACUCACCUGCAUAUUUUCUCGCCGGGAAAAAACUCUCCCACCUACCCAACAAGCUCUCUUCAGCUGAUCAGCUCAUGGCUUUGCCACAACUGGUGUUGUUGGGGUUGGUGGUGGUGAGUUUAGCUUCACAGUGCUGUCACGGUUCCGGCCAAUUCGGAUUCGACAUCCACCACAGAUUCUCGGAUCCGGUCAAGGGCAUUCUGGGUAUCGACGAGUUACGGUUACCCCACAAGGGAACUCCUCAGUACUAUGCUGCUUUGGUCCACAGAGAUCGUGUCUUUCGUGGCCGUCGACUCGCCGGCGAUCAGCACGCACCUCUCACUUUCGCCGCCGGCAAUGACACUCAUCAGAUUGCUGCUUUUGGAUAUUUGCAUUUUGCCAAUGUUUCGGUUGGGACACCACCUUUAUGGUUUGUGGUGGCAUUGGAUACUGGGAGUGACUUGUUCUGGUUACCUUGUAAUUGUACCAGUUGCGUGCGCGGGUUAAAGAGAGAAAGUGGAAGUGUAAUUAAUCUUAAUAUCUAUGAGCUUGAGAAGUCAUCCACAAUGAAAAGUGUUUCGUGCAGUAGCAGCUUAUGUAAACAAACAAAAUGCCCUUCAUCUGGUAGCCAUUGUCGAUAUCAAGUUGACUAUCUCUCUAAUGAUACUUCAUCUUCUGGGUUCAUGGUAGAAGACGUGCUGCACUUGAUAACAGAUAAUGGUCAAACAAAAGAUACUGAAACACGAAUUAGUAUUGGUUGUGGUCAAGUUCAGACUGGUGUGUUUCUAGAGGGGGCCGCUCCAAAUGGUCUAUUUGGACUUGGUAUGGAUAAUGUAUCUGUUCCUAGCAUCCUAGCCCAAAAGGGGCUUAUUUCAAAUUCUUUUUCAAUGUGUUUUGGAUCUGAUGGUUCUGGAAGAAUCACAUUUGGGGAUACUGGCAGCUUGGACCAAGGAAAAACACCAUUCAACCUAAGGGCAUUGCAUCCGACAUAUAACAUCACCAUUACCCAAAUUAAAGUGGGACGAAAUGUUGCUGAUCUUGAGUUUCAUGCAAUUUUUGACUCUGGGACCUCAUUCACAUACUUAAAUGACCCAGCUUAUACACUUAUUGCGGAUAAGUUCAACUCUCUAAUCAAAGCAGAUCGGCCUUCAUCUCAAUCAACUGAUUCUGAUCUCCCCUUCGAGCACUGUUAUGCCGUCAGUCCAGAUCAGACAAUUGAACUUCCCUAUUUGAAUCUAACGAUGAAAGGUGGAGAUGAUUAUUAUGUCACGAAUCCAUUAAUACCAGUUUUUAGUGAGGUUGAAGGAAAUCUCCUUUGUUUGGGUAUCCAGAAAAGUGACAACGUGAAUAUCAUUGGACAAAACUUCAUGACCGGUUACCGUUUAGUCUUUGAUCGCGAAAACAUGAUUCUUGGUUGGAAGGAAUCGAAUUGUUCUGAGGAAGUACUCUCCAACACAUUACCUUUUAACCCAUCUCACUCUCCUGCUAUUUCCCCUGCUGUUGCUGUGAACCCCGUGGCUACAUCAAACCCAUCAAGUAAUCCUGGGAGGCUUUCGCCAAAUCACUCGUUUAGGAUGAAACCUACUUUUGCAUUUAUGAUGGUCCUUUUACCUCUUUUAGCCAUUCUUUGAGCAUUCCUUUGUCCAUUCCAUCAUAUAUUAUUCAAUUUUAUAGGAUUUGUAAUUUUAGCAUACGAGAAGCAUUGCUGCUUCCUUUUUUUCUUUUAGUUUUAAUAGCAUUGAUUUGAUCAUGGGCUUGUAUAUAAUGUACCUACCAUAUAGUAAACUAAAGAAAUUUCUGUUACAUUA